AUGGUACGUGAGCCAAUUGAGUACUUUGAAAGCCUUCUUGGUAGAGACGUUUUUGAAGAUAUGGCGACGCAGACGAAUCUAUAUGCUGUACAAGAAGAUCCCAACAAGCCACUUAAUGCCUCAGUAGGGGAGAUUCAGCAAUUCUUUGGCAUAUGCCUUUACAUGUCUGUUUAUGGCUUACCGUACACCCGUAUGUACUGGGGCAAAGAUACCCGUGUUGAUAAAGUGUCAGAUGUCAUGUCCCUGUCCCGCUGGGAGGCGAUGAAAAGGUUCUUGCACUUAGCCGAUAACAGUGACCAAGUUGCUGAGGGCCAACCUGGAUUUGAUAAACUGUUCAAGGUGAGGCCUUUCUUGAACGCACUUUUGAGGAGCUUCCAGGACAUCCCAAUGAAUGAAAUGCUCUGUGUUGAUGAACAAAUUGUCCCCUUUAAGGGUAGAAGUGGGCUGAAAACGUACAACCCCAAAAAGCCCAAGCGAUGGGGAUACAAAGUCUUUGUGUUGGCUGAUCAACAUGGAAUUGUCCACAAUUUUGAAUUUUAUACCGGUGCUGUUCCUGCUGCUGAUGGAAUGCCUGACAUCGGUGCAAGUGGAAAUGUAGUGUUAAGACUGGCCUCAGUCAUCCCUCCCAACAUGUCGCACAAACUGUUCUAUGACAAUUGGUUUUGUGGGGUUGACCUACAGGUUACACUUGAGAAAUCUGAAAUCCACAGCGUGGGUACUGUGAGAAAGAACAGGCUUGCCGGUUGCAUCUUCACAGAGGACAAAGAGAUGAAGGCUAAAGGUCGGGGAACAUUUGAGGAAAUGGAAGCAAAACAUGACGGCGUCACACUGAAAGCCGUAAAGUGGUAUGACAAUCGUUCUGUGAUCCUCCUCAGCACCUUUGCUGCUGCAAACCCUACUUCCCCAGUGCAGAGAUGGGACAAGAAGGCAAAGGAGAUGGUGACAGUGCCACGGCCCAACAUUGUCACCAUCUACAACAAGAGCAUGGGGGGUGUUGACUUACUAGACUCCCUCAUUGCCCUGUACCGUACCAAGAUCAGAUCCAAGAAGUGGUAUCACCGGAUUGUAUUUCACUUGUUGGAUCUUACAGUGGUGCAGGCAUGGUUCCUCUACCGCAGGGAUUCUGAUGCCGUGGGAAUUCCACAGAAAAUGCAGCUGAGCUUACUUGACUUCAAAGUCAAUGUGGCACUUUGCCUUACACAGGUGAACAAAGGAACCAUGAAACGAAAAGGGAGGCCCUCACAGAGUCUGGAGAUCCGCAUUGAGGAGAAGCGGCACAGAGGACCUACUUCCCCCCUUCCACCAAGCAACAUCCGUCUUGACCGCCUUGAUCACUGGCCAGAGAUGGGUGCACCGAAAGGAAGAUGCAAGAAUCCUGGCUGCAAGGGCAUCAUCAGAGUGGUUUGUUCUAAGUGCAAGGUGCACCUCUGCUGUAACGGAGAGAACAACUGUUUUAAGGCAUUACACAUUGAGUAA